CCCAAAUUCAUCACAGGGAUUGUUCGAAGCUUAUAUACACUAGCCGGAGAUGCCAGAAUAGCCAUCCUUGUCUUGAAGUUUUAACAAUUAGUUUUGAAGGAAAUCCAUUGCUCACAUCAAAUCCGUCUUCUAGACGAGUAAAUGAUUUUAAACUACGAAUUGUCGUCCUUAACCGUUUCCUUCUGCAGUUUCCUGACUAUCAUUAGAUCAUCAUGAAUGACGAUCGGCUCCUUACGACAGACCCAAACCAACACAUCCCACGUGAUGGUAGAUCCCCUACAGUUGGACUGAGACCUGACAACAAUCCAAUGAUGCAGAGUGGUAGCGGCAUGCUGACAACCUUUAUCAACUCGGAGGAGAUGAGGACGGCAGCAGAGUCGGCUCUAAAUGAGAACCGUCAGCUCAAAGAACAAUAUGCGCAGGCAAUUACUUGUCUUGGAGCAUGGAAACCAAAAAUUGUAGAGUUGGAGAAUUUUAAGGCUGUGAACGCUCAGCUCAAGAAAUCAUUUGUGGACCUCCACGAUAAGUCCAGAAAGAAGGUCCAGACACUGCAAGAAAAGAUUAAACACCUUCAGGAACAGAUUUCCAAGUACCAGAACCAGGAGUCCCCUGACCUGCCUGCAGGAGGCCAGGAGUCGUACUGUGGACCUAUCCUUGGGGAGCUGAAGCACCACAUGCAGGCCGUGGAACAGAUCCUACGUGAGGAGCUCUCCAGCAUGAAGCAGGAACAUCGGGAGAAAGACAUCUUGGAGAAGCUGAUGGACCAUAUCAAGAAAGCUGAGGAGAUCCUCGCUACUGAGGAUGUUGAAAUGUAUCAAGGUCCGUCAAGAUCACUUCGUCAAGAGGGACAAGAUCCGGAACCUCAGACGGGGAAGUCACCUUCAAGAGAGAGAAAACCAACCCCUUCUCCACUCUCUCCUACUGGUCAACGUGCAUAUGACCAGUCCAUGGAAAAUGUUCUCGGUCAGCUCCAGAAUCUCCAGCAGCAGGUCGCAGAUACAAACAGCGCCCUCACUAAAGAACGAAUGCGGAACGAGGCGCUGGACACGCAGCUGAAGAAAAGCCAGGCCGAGCUGCGUAGUCUGCAAGGGAUGCGGGAGAGUCAUGUUGCUGAGGCGAUCGAACGACAACGUCAAGAGGACGAUAUGAAGCACAAGACAGAGAUGGAUGAAAUGAUGGCUAAGCUGGAUGAGCUGACGUUACUGGCCGCAGAAAAGCAUCAGAAGCAAGCCUUUGAUGAGGAGCCAAGAUACCAUAGUGCUAGCAAUGAACUGAAACAGCAAGUUACCAGUCUCGUUGCGGAGCUUGACCUGAAAGAUAGAUAUCUGGAUGAAGAGAAAUCGCAUGUUAAACAGCAGCAGCAAGUAAAUGAACAAUUGCAGAGGAGGGUGACGAUGUACCACGACGAGCUUGCCAAGGCGAGGCGAGAAGCACAGAGCUACAUUGAUACCGUUCACGUGGAACUGAAGAGAAAGGAAACCCUGUGUCAGUCGGAGAGACAGAAGGCUUUACAUGAGAAGUUACAGCAUGACAAGUGCAAGGAAGAAUUAGGUGCUUCUCAAGUCAAACUAAACCAGCUACUGAAAGACAAGAGUAAGUACCAAGAGAAAGAGGACCGAUACUUAGCAGAGAUUUUAUCUGCAGAGGAGGCUAUUGAGGCCAAGGAACGGGAGAAGUUGAAGUUUGAGCAGCUGGCUAAGAAAUAUGACAAUGAAAGACACAUUUGGAAAGAACAGAUGGAGGUGUGCAAGGAUGAUUUCAAGGCUGAGCGUAAAGCGAGGGAAAACAUGCACACAGAGAAGGGUGAACUGCAGGCUAAGAUUGAAAACUUACUGCGGGAGAACAAGAAGAUGGAGAGCGAACUCCAAGACUUCCACCGGGAACAGCUGCAUGCCGUGGCGGGGACUGCGUAUGGGCCGACGACAGGCUUUGGUUAUGAUAGGAGAGGGGGUGGGGAGAUGUUUGGCAUGAGACGCCAUGUUUACGAAGCUCCCGGUGAAGACGAAGCAGGGAAUGUCGAUCGAUUCCAAGAAACAUAUCAGCCCCAAGAGCUGCGAACGCCCCAACAGGCUACCACAGCAAACUGGUGCCCCAAGUGCCAACUGACGUUCCCCGAUUACGACACUCUCAACAUCCACAUAGCAGACUGCAUAGACUGAGGUCAAGGGUCAUGAUUCAGGGGGCUGUUUCACAAGAAUUAAGUGUGACUUAAAGUUGUGCUUAAAUUUGUGAUUGAUGCCAAACGGUGAAUUUUAUGGAUGUAUACUUUCCUUGAACAUGGUCUGGGCCAAUUGCAGAAAUAGAUAUGUUUAAACUCGACUUAAAAAAGACAAUCAACCGCAAGUCCCAAAUUUGUGCGUUGGAUCGGUUGAAAUUCAAGCUUUGAUUGAUUUCUGGAGUUAAGUUUGAUUCCAACUCUCUUUGCAAGAUUCCCCAGUGACCAGACACCGCAUGCAAAAGAUGAUUUACGUAUGAUUUCAAGUCACUGUAAAGCCAUUGUGAAACACCCCAAGAAUUCCAAGUCAAGGGUAUUGUUAAAUUCUAAGAAAUAGUAGUUAAGUGAAUACAUUAAUCAAAAUUGCACCUUUAUUUUGAAAGGUAUAUUGAACAAUGGAAACAGCUCAUACACAUUUAGGGUGCACAGCUUAAAUGAAAUAAGUCAUGCAAUGUAGCAGUGUAGUGCUAACCAAUUCAACUCACGAGACCUAGUGCCUGUUGCAUAAUAAACAAAUAUAUCAGGCUUUGAGAAAGUAUAGUGGAAUUAUUUAUCCGAGGUUGAUCUGGCAAUUACUAUUUUUCUGGAGGGGCGAAGCCCCGAGGGAAAUAUAGUAGUUUUGCCAGUCCAACCGAGGAUUAAUAAUUCCCACUAUGCUUUCGAAUGAAACGCCUGGUAUAUUUGUUUUAUAUCCUACUUUUAAUAAUUUACAACCAAAAUCUAUGCGUUGAGCUUGCAAAGUCCGGUUACUUGCGUUGAAUUACCUACUUUUCUCUGAGCCACAGCGCUCAGCCAAACGCAGAUUAGUGCCUGCGCCGACGCAUCACGGGACUUGCCCGGGAGAGAGAGAGAGCUGGCCGGUGCGCCCGAGAGUUUAGCUAAAUAUCCAGUUUUCUGAAAUAAUGACGUCAGAAUAUUGGUAUAGCGAAAAAUAUAUCGAGGUCUGACGUCACGCAACAUCAUAGUAGAAAUAUAGAUGGUCACGUGAUGCUAUUUGAACCAAUCACUAUACAGGAUUCAAUCUAUGUACGAUAUAAAAGUUAUUAUUUUUGUAUUUUCACCAUCAGUGGUAACUACCAUAGUAGCAAUUCUAAUUUGCCAUUGAUAAUAAUAAUAAUAUGCAUUUAUAUAGCGCCAUCUAUCUAGAAAUAUUCUAUUCCGAGGCAUGUUGUUAUUAUUAUUAUUACCCUGGCUUUAGCUCGAGCUGCCUUUCAGUGCUCAUGCAUUCAAGGAAUUAUUCCUGCCGGGUACAUAUUCACCUCAACUGGGUUGAGUGCAGCACAAUGCUCCAAUCAAAACCAAGGAUUCUGUGGGAGUUACUGUUUGAGUUGUUUGUAACGGGCCCCCAUUCGUGUAUCCUCCUGAGCUCUUGACAUGCAUACUGAGACGUAAAAUCUAUUCUACAAAGAUUGUACCAUAGGCACGCCAUACCUGGGGCCUGUUUCAUAGGACUUGUUGUAAUAACAAAUUCGCAAUAACAGUUUAAAAGCUACUGAAAUCCUUCAAUCUGAUUGGCUGAUAAUAAAUUUGUUAUUUUAACAAUUCUUUACAGUAAAUGGUGGUGAUGUUUUAACAUGAUAGAGAAAGCAUGAAUGCUUGUAAGCAUGUAAACAAAUGCUUGUAAGCAAGUAUUCAGAGGACUGACGGCUUAAGGUCCUCUCUGAGGAACCUGGUAAUGAGGAUAAAUGCCUUACCAAAGGGCACUAGCGCACCAAGUGGUAAUCGAACCCAGGUUACUGGAAUCCAAAACCCCUGCUCUCCCGACUGAGCUAUCGCGCCUCUUCAAAACGAGACUCUGACCAUUGUUUGCUUGAUUUGAAUUUAGGUCGAUUCAACUACUAGUAAUGCAGUGGUGUAGAUUUCAAUUUAAAUCAGUAAUCUGGGUCCCGUAACAAAGGUUAGCGAUUGAUCGUUAGCUUGAUUUUCACGAUUGAUUGUACAUUGUAGUCAAUGGAAUCAAUCAUAGAAAAUUGUUCUACGAUCAAUCGCUAACCUUUGUAUUACGGGCCCCAGGUAUGCGGCCCAGUGGUUGUGAAUGGAAGGUUGUGGGUUCAAUCUAUGGCCAAGAUAUAUACCAAAGAUUUGUAAGAAAGGGACCUUCUGCCUUCCUGCUAGGUGCUAAGUGUGUUAAAACAGAGAGGGAUACAAAUGACAUGAUGUUGUACAGGGCCUGUUGGAAGAACAGCUAACAAUUGAAGACGCGACCCUGAGAAAUAAGAGUUAUUGUUCUAAUUAUCAAGUCUUAUCUCGUCUGUAUUUUACACACUCAGGAUCAUAUACACCUGUAUUAAAGUAUAAUUUUAUUGAUAAAUAUUUUGUAUGUUUACUGUGUUCUAGUUCUUCCUUCUUUGUUGUAUUUCAUCAGCAAGGUUAAAAAUGAAAUAAUUUGCGACUCCAUCAGCAAGGGACCUUUUACAGCAUCUCAAAGUAUUGGAAAAUCACUUUUUUGUUCCUAUCUUGGCUUAUCAAUUAAAGCCCAUCUUAAGCUUUGGUAAGGGGUCAAUAAUAUGAAUUAUAUACCUGUCUUAAAGAAUGUCUAAUUAUCUCCAGUCACCUUAUUGGUCACUAGUGGAGUCAUGUAUGUAACCAUUCCCGCAAAGCAACAAACUGGGGGUCGUUACCCAGAGCUGCCAAGUAGUACGAUUUUUCCGUAUUUAGUACGUUUUUGCAACCAAAAUACGGCAGUUCGUUUUUUCUUUAAAAAAUACGUUUUUUGUAUUUAAAAAAAAAAAAAAAAAAUCAUCUCUAUAUGUCUCUAUUUUAUAAAACGUACACAAAUAUGGUUAUUAGAUCAAUGUAAUUUCAGGUAACUUGUUUUUUUUUCAAUCAUUUUGUAAAAACCAGGGUGAGAUAUACACAAGUUUCAAUGGUUUUUUUUUUCAUCUGCAAGAGCAGUGCACAUUUUAGCUUGCAUGCAGCUUGAGUGCCGUGAUGGGCGAGUGCGCCAAGCAUUUUAUUAUGAAAUACACUUUUUUGGGGAAAAGUACAAAAUAUUUAUCUCACACGGUAAAAAUACUUAUUUUUUGGUCAAAAUACUGAUUUUGGGGGAUAAGAAUACUGAAAAUGCAAAAUACAACUUGGCCGCACUGGUUACCAAGGACAACAGGCAUUGUUAACAAGAAAAAUUCCUGGCAUAGUUACUGGUAAAUAUGCAAAAAUUUGCUUUGUGGGAUGAUUGCUGUUACCAUAAUUUCAGAGCAAUUUGAUUGAUGAUUUUACACAACUUGCACAUAAAACAUGGUUGUUCCUUUCUGGUCAAGGGUAGCAUAUUGGCCUGAUCAUGCCCGAGGUCAUUUGAGCCUAUAGAAACAACCAUGCCUCUCAUCACAGUCCAUAUAUUUAUUUUGAAAUGAAAUAACCAGCUCUUUUCGCACUAUCUUACAAAUUUGAUGGUUGGUUAUCGGACAAAGAUUACAUGCCGAAAUUUACAGCCAAGGUCAUGCUUGAGAAGUGGUUUUGUAAAUCAAAAUGAAAAAAAAAACCUGGAUAUUUUAUAUAAUUUCAAUGUUAUAUGGAAAAUUUACUGAGUACAACACAAUUUCAUGUGACAAUUCUCUUCAUCAUACACACUAACAUAAUCUAGUACUAAAUUGGAAUAGUGACUUGCUUUUCUGGGGGAUUUACCAAAAAGCCAAAAUAGACUUAAGUGAUUUCCUGUCCAAAUCCGACAUCUCUCUUCCUCUCUCUCUCAAUCUUAACAAAAGAAACCAGUAUGUCAUGUUCAAGGAAAUUUAAUCCUGUUGGAAUGAUUGUUUAAUGUGGUAGCCAUGGUUUAGCAUGAUCCUAUAAGCAUUAUCUGAGGUUAAAUUGCUGCAGCAAUAUGCUACUUCUGUAGUCCAUCCAUUUCACUGUAUACAUGUUAUAGUUAUACACAGAAUUACCUUCAUCAGAUAUUUUGAAAGUGGACAAAUCACACUUACAAGUGAUUAGAAACUAUACUGUAGAAAUAUAAGCAAAGAAUUAUGUGAUUAAUUUUUUUUUUUCAUUUUUAUGCAUUUUGCUUUCAUAUAGGAAGUACAUUAUCAGUGCAAUAGUAUAUGCGUAACCUAUCAUUAUGUUUGCUUAAGCUAUACAUGUAGUUAUCUACAAUAUGCUUAAUUCUUUGGGCAAUUUCAUAGAAUAAUCAAAAUUUUGUUUGUCUGACCCCUAUUUUUUCUUCAUUCUUCGCUCCACAAAAUGCUCAAGCCAUGAUAAUUUGAAAGCAUUACGGCCUUUUAUUUGAAUUAGGAAUAAGAAAAUUCAUUUUAGGGAACUUCUACAGAUACGGGGUAAGAUGUAAUACUUAAUGGAAUAUUGCUCCUUUCACUCUGCCUUUGUUUCAAUAUCAAUAGUUGUGAGUCUUUGCCAAUCAAUGAAGAUAUUGAGUCGAUGAGUAUUUUCAAGCUUAGUUUGGGUCAUAACUGUAUUUAUCCCUUUAAUCACAACUAAAUGUAAAUGUAAAUAUUGAUAGAAUCCUAGAUUGGCAUAACAAAAUCCCCCCCCCCCCCUUUGCUCUUUAAGAAGAAUCUCUAUUGGUAACAUUUUUCUAUGUUAACUUGUAUUUGAAUAAUGUUCAAAUGAGGAUGAAAAUUGUGGUUUUAUUCAUCUGAGAAGAUUUUAGAUACUUACUUACUUGAUGUAGUAAUCCCUUUGACAGCUCAUACAGAAGAUAUACAGUGUGUCUCAAUAAAAAAACGAAACCAAGAUUCACAUUUUUUUAAGCUUGGGCAAGAGAUCUCAAAUUAAAAAAAGUUUCAAAUUCCUAAACUUUCAAAACUGAAAACUAAAUAUAUUUGAUGAUUAUGAUAUCUGUCACUGAAUUUUUUUUUCUUGGAUGCAAUAUACUAUUAAUUUUAGGUUUAUGUCAACGCAGCAUUCUGCCUCCAUAUAGCCAAUUUGGUCUGAUAUCAUAUAGAGAUUUUGAGUACUUUAUAAUAUUAUUUUUGUGAAAUGUAUGUGUAUGUGACCCGACUGUGUACUAACUAGAUAUAUAUUCUUCAUUUGUAUGUAAGAUCGUAAAUUGUCAUAUUUGUAUGCUAUUUCAAAAGAAUGUAACCACAUACAAUAUGCAGAUAUUUUGUUUGUUUUGAAUGAUACAUGAAUAAAUUAGUUUUUUUACAGAAAAAAUA